AACGUCAAAAAAGUAGUUUUCGGUCAGAAGAGGAGAGAAAAAGAAGAAAAUUGCAUUGUACAAAGCCAACAGACAGUGUUUUGUUGGUGCAAUUUUGAGUGCAAAAAAAUUGAUUUCUUGUUACUGGACAUUCAGCAUCGGUUUUAUUUUGUUUAAUUAGAUAAAAAAACACACAAUGUCCAGACAAAAGAAACUCAUUCCGCAGCGAUGUCCCGCUGGAAUGGAGAGUGAUGAUGACAGUGAUGAAUACACGUACUUCGGUUCAUCAAUGCAGAACAAUAUCAAAAAGACGACAGAAAAUUUGAAAAUGAAAAUUGUGCCAGACAUCACACAGAAUGCUGCUUUAAACGGUUCGUCGUUUGACGCAAGUUUAACGAGUGAUGCCGCACAAUGGUUACAAAGAUUACGUGAAACUUGGCUGGCAUAUAAAAAAGGUGUCAUCACAAGCAAUUUGCUGAAGCAAUUUUUCUUGUCACGUGCAAACCCAUUUGUCGACGCACUGAAACUAUAUGCGAACUGCCAAAAUGCAAAUACCGUUAAGUCAAACACGCUGGCUUACAUAGUGAUUGAAGAAUUCCACCGUUUUAAGCAUGAGAAUCAAUUGGUUGGCGCACCAUUUUUGAAUCCAAAUUUGAAAAUGGUCGCAUUCAGUUUUGGACGACAAAGUAAUCAUCCGACAUUUUUUAAAAUGAUGGCCAGCAUAUUCGAACUCUCACGCGAAAAGGAUAUGUUUGUUGAUAAAAUUCGUGAAAUCAUUGCCGAACAUAAUUACAAAGAUGCCUGCCAAUUUGCACACGAUUUGGAAUUACACGAUGCAUUUACGAUUUUCGAUUUUGUAUUUCCAUUGGUGCUGCAAGACAAAAUCAAUUCAGCCGAACCGUUUUUGGAGCAGGCCAAGUCAUUGCAAAUACCGCUUGUCGAACUGCUCGAUUCGCUGCUUGAUCGACACUCGUCCAUAAUGAACUGCGCUGAUCCAUACAUUGCCAAAUAUGGAUACCGUGAUCUAUGCGUAUAUCGCUUGCAACCGAAAACUCUGUCCAAAUUAAUCAAGCGAUUGGUAAAACAAUACAACAUUUCCGAUGAUGCAAUCCCAAAUGUGGCCAAAGGAACCAUUCGAGGGCAAUUGCAAUUUCUCAUUCGGAAGAAUUACGGCGAAAAAAGUUUAAGCAAAGACUCUUGGCGCGAAAUGGUACUUCAAAUCGUACAAAAGACUGCUGAACUCAAUUUGAAGUUAGAAUUAAUUGAUGGUUGCUUGUUCAAUAAUGACAUGAAUGAAGCGGCUUACUGGGCCAAAUAUUUCAAUGUUCCGAUAAGUGAACUGCCGUUAGUCGUGCAAGAGCAUAUCAAAGAAAAUCGUGAUUCAGUUCAACGUAAGAGCUGCAAUAAAAAAUGUGAUCAAAAUGAUAAUAAGCGAAAUUCGCCGAAACGAAAUGAAAAUCGUUCGGAUCCGAAUCGAUAUUAUCAAUUAAAAUUAAGUCCAUCCGCAAAUUUCAUUUCGUAUGUGGAUCGUCGGGGUAGUUUUGAUGAAAUGUUGGGCUAUUUGUCACGUCAACCGUUGGUCGCUUUUGAUGCUGAGUGGAAUCCAAUCAAAACUACAUUCAAUGAACUCGCACUGAUUCAGUGUGCCACAACCGAUCGAAUUUUCUUGAUUGAUGUAACCUCGUCUGAUAUUACAAUCGAUUGCUGGAAUAAACUUGCCACAAAUAUUUUCAAUAAUUUGGAAAUUUUGAAGCUUGCAUUUUCUCCGCUUGCUGAUUUGAAAUUAUUCCAGAGACUAAUGCCGGCAUUUAGUGUAUCUGUACAAAUGAUGCAAUCGUACUUAGAUUUACAGGCAUUAUGGCAAAAGCUCAUCCAGACACCGAACUUCAAGUUUCCAUACGAAGAUGACGAAAAAUUGGAAACGGGAGGUGCCCUAUCGAAUCUGGUACAAUUAUGUUUUGGCAAGCCGUUGGAUAAGUCAAAUCAAUUUUCAAAUUGGAAUAAUCGUCCGUUGCGUGAAGAGCAAAUCAUCUACGCUGCACUCGAUGCGUUCGUUUUGAUUGAAGUUUAUGACGUGAUUCGAGCUCAAUAUAUGUCGAUGAAAAAUCUUGACGAUUUCGAUGAAUUUGUGCACAGCUUUCUCAUCGAGAAUAAAAACAAAAUUAGCGUAAAUAAGCGAAAUCAACAAGGCGCCGGAAAUGGUGCCAUUCCGACAAAAUCACAAAUGCGAUCGAACAAUAAAAAUCAUGAACCACCGAAAAACCGUCCACAUUACCGUUCACACCGAGACGAUGACGCAUCGAAACAAUCAUUCUAUCCCAAACCAUCCAACUGAUAUUAAAAACAAAAUAUUCAAGUCAUGAAUAGACAUAAUCAUUUAUUUAACACAAAACAACAACUGAAAAAAAAAAAUGAAAUAAAUGGACAGAGUUUGAG